AUGACGCGCGGUCUCGCCGACUCGCGACACGCCCCGCAUGCGCGUAGCCCAUUCCGAGACACGACCAGGAGCUUCUCACCACCGAUUCUGACCGUCACGCCAGCACCAAUCGCCGGCAACUACAACAACAACAACAACAACAACAACUCCCAUUCUCCUCCCGCUGCCUCGACGACAACCGCCGCCAACGGCACCGGCACAGCCGAUCACCCCCAACGGCCGCCCCCUUCCGCGCCACACGAGCUCGCGCGCUACACCAAGAUCAUCCGCCGGCUGCAAUGGAAGCUCCCCUUCCUGGCCGAGGGCUACCGCAAAGCCGUCGACCGGAUCGGCGCCGACCCGACCGCGGUGUCGGAAGCCGAGCUGAUGUUCAAGCUCGACUUCUUCGAAUACUACAUGCUGAUCGAGCGGGCGCUGGUGCAUCUGCUGGGUGUCUUUGGGGUUGAUAUACCGCGGGGCUAUUCAUCACCAUCACCGUCGUCUCACAAUCUGCAGUAUGAGGACGGAUGUGGCGGUAGUGCCGGGGCGGGAAGAAACGGGAACAAAGGGCUAAACGGGAGCGUGUGGCGGUCAGAGUCCAGGGCGAGGCAUCGGUAUCACGCGAACGUGCUGGCCGCUCUGGACCGGACGGAUAAUCCGCUGCACGGCACGCUUGGGACGGGCGAAGUGAGGGCGCAGUUGGGCAGGGCAAAGGACCUUAGGAACCGGUGGAAGACGGCCGGGGACGAGCUUGAACAUGAACAUGAGCAUGAGCAUGAACAUGGGGGGUACGGCAACGGGUCAGCAGCGAGAGCGGAGCAGCUCGAGUGGCCGCGGGUUAGAAAGAUCGCUGCCCCGCUUGACACGUACAGGCUCGAGCAUAUGUUGGAGGUGAUCUUCGGAGGGUUUGACGGGGCCUUCAAGAUUGCGGAGCGGUAUGUGAAGGGUGGUUCGGAGUGGGGAGCCGAGGGCGACGCGGACAUGCUCGGAGAGGAUGGCAACGUCAUUGACUGGGCCGCUGCCGUUGAUGGUGAGGAGGACCAGUGGGAGUUUAUGGUGGAUGCCAUGGACUGGGAAGCCGUCUGA